AUGUUGUCAAAGCUAGUAGCCGAGUUCGGUGAGUUGCCGGUGUCGCAGAAGGCGCUCCUGGUGGCGGCCGGUGUCGGCAGCAUUGCGAUGCUAUCCGCCGGUGGCUAUCUGGUGAAAAAGCGCAUAGAUAACACCCCGCCCAAGCAGUGGCGGAAGGCGGGCGAACUCGUUGAGCUGUACGUGUAUCCGAUCAAGUCGUGUGCGCCUGUCGUUAUGCAGCAGAUCGACUGUGCGAACCUUGGACCGCAGCGCAACUUUCUGCGUGACCGCAUCUUCAUGGUGACAAACGCGGAUGGGAAGUUCGUGACGGCGCGGAUGAAACCGAAGCUGGUUCUGGUACAGCCACGGUUUGAUGAGCGGUAUGAGACCAUGUUCCUGACCGCACCCGGUAUGCCCGAGCUGCAGGUGGACGUGCGUACCUUAGCGGCGGGACCAACCGAGGGCGGCGAAACAAUCCGGAGCACCGUGUGGGGCGAACAGGUACCAACGGUUGAUUGUGGCAAUGAGGUGGCGCGCUGGUUUUCGCGCUACCUGCUCGAUAAGGAGGAUGGCUACCGGUUGCGAUACUAUCCGCUAACGUACACCAGCCGCCAGAGGAGUGGCGAUGAUACGGGUUCACUGCAGGACGAAACGAGCUAUAUGCUGUUCAAUGAGUCGAGCGUUACGGAUCUAAACCGCCGGCUGGAGAACAAGGUGACGGUGGUUCAGUUCCGGCCGAACUUUACCGUGCGCGGACCGGAACCGUACGCGGAAGAUCGUUGGCGGUGGGUGCGCAUCGGGGAGGUUGUGUUCCGGAUGGAGAAACCAUGUCUGCGCUGUGUCUUCACCACGAUCGAUCCAACCUCCGGUGUGUUCCAUCCCGAUAAGGAACCGUUGCGUACGCUCAAGCAAUACCGCCAGUUGCCAUCAUAUGGUGAAUCGCCCGCAUUCGGCAUCCAUCUUGGGUUGCGCCGUGCCGGCGAGAUCAAGCUGGGUGAUCCGGUUUAUUUCGCCUAA